GGGGCGCUGUUUGCGCGCUUGGCUGCGGACGCCCUUCGAGGUGCGGCCCGCGGCCCCCUCCCCGGAGACAUGGAUGCCUUGGAACUUGCCAGAAAGCUGCAGGAGGAGGCCACAUGCUCCAUCUGCCUUGACUACUUCACGGAUCCCGUGAUGACCGCCUGUGGCCACAACUUCUGCCGCGAGUGCAUCCGGCUAACCUGGGAGAAGGCCAAAGGCAGGAAAGGGGGCAGGAAGCGGAGGGGCUCCUUCCCCUGCCCCGAGUGCCGCGAGUUGUCCCCCCAGAGGAACUUGCGGCCCAACCGCCUGCUGACCAAGGUGGCCGAGAUGGUGCGGCGGCCCCCAGCCUUGCAGAGCCGGGACCUCUGCAGGGUGCACCAGGAGCUGCUCAAACUCUUCUGUGAGGACGACCAGAGCCCCAUCUGUGUUGUCUGCAGGGAGUCCCGGGCGCACCGGUCCCACAGGGUGGUCCCCAUCGAGGAGGCCGUGCAGGAGUACAAGUUGAAGUUGGAGGCGGACAUGGGGUACCUUCGGGAGGAGAUGAUGAAGACGGGGAAGCUGCAGGCCAGGGAGAAACAGACCUUGGCCGAGUGGCAGAAGAUGGUGGAGAGCCAGCGGCAGAACGUGCUGGCGGAGUUCGAGCGGCUGCGCCGGCUGCUUGCGGAGGACGAGCGGCGUCUGCUGCGCAGGCUGGAGGACGAAGAGCUGGAGGUGCUGCCCCCGCUGCGGGACAGCGCGGCCCGCCUGGGGCAGCAGAGCGCCCAGCUGGCCCAGCUCAUCGCUGAGCUGGAGGGGCGCUGCCAGCUGCCGGCGCUGGGGUUGCUGCAGGACAUCAGGGACACCCUGCGCAGGGUCCAGGAUGUGAAGCUGCAGCCGCCUGAGGUGGUACCCAUGGAGAUGAGGACGGUGUGCAGGGUUCCGGGGCUGGUGGAGGCCCUGCGCAGAUUCCGAGGGGACGUGACCCUGGACCCCGACACCGCCAACCCCGAGCUGGUCCUGUCGGAAGACAGGAAGAGCGUGCGGCGGGGGGACCUGCGGCAGGCCCUGCCCGACAGCCCCGAGCGGUUCGACCCCGGGCCCUGCGUGCUGGGCCGGGAGCCCCUCACCUCGGGCCGCCAUUACUGGGAGGUGGAGGUGGGAGAGCGGGCCAGCUGGGCGCUGGGCGUGUGCAGGGAGAACGCCAACCGCAAGGAGAAGGGUGAGCUGUUCGCGGGCAACGGGUUCUGGAUCCUGGUGUUCCUGGGCAGCUACUACAACUCCUCCGAGCGGGCCUUCGCCCCACUCCGGGACCCGCCGCGGCGCGUGGGCAUCUUCCUGGACUAUGAGGCCGGACAUCUGUCCUUCUACAGCGCCACCGAUGGCUCCCUCUUGUACGCCUUCCCCGAGACCCCCUUCUCGGGGACCCUGCGGGCCCUGUUCUCGCCUCUGUCCAGCAGCCCGACCCCCAUGACCAUCUGCAGGCUGAAAGGCGGGCCUGGGGACUCGCUGGCUCCCCAGUGAGGGGGCCUCCCAGCUGCUCAGGAACCUGGGCAUCUCCUGCGGUCCUCUGAGCUGGGGAAGCGCUCACGGUGCCCGGUGGAUGUGCGGGUGCGCACUCACUCCUGCAAGCGUGUGCCCGCGUGUGCGGGGCCGGCUUGGUCCUGCUGUCCGGGCGGAGGGCCCUGAGACACCCGCGCUCACCAGCGCCGGGCCCUGAGCCUUGCGCGCCCCCCACUCCCCGCGGCCCUGGAGCUAUCCCUCCAGAAAGCUGCGGCCAGGAGGCAGCUCCAAGGCCGCGCGCCCAUGUGCAGUCCGGUCCUGGAGAAUGGGGGGUGGGUUGGGCUUGCCCUGCAGUAGCCAGGUACCCGGUGGUAGGCCAGAGGGAGCUGGGAGCAGGACACCCGAGCACCCCCUCCCCCGAACACAGACCACUGGGGGCUUCUGGCUCCUGUUGCAGAUAGAGCAGGUCCGUGGGGAGCAGGCACAGAAGCCCCCCGGUUUCCCUCCGAGCUGCCCGGAGAACCCCCAGCUGGAGUCACCCUCGCAGUUCUGUCCUCGCUGGCCUGGGGGCCUCCUGACCCCAGAACUUCGCGUACCUGGUCCCCAGUCUUUCCUGCCCUGCCUGGGGGCAGGUGAGGCCUCAGAGAGCAUCCCCCACACACCUUCUGGCUACCAGAGUCUGGGAUUUGUCUUUGCUUUGUUCAGACUUUGCCUCACCCUCCCUAAAGGUCUGCCCCAGCUUCUUCGUACCACUAGAUUGUAUUUAUUGUAAGGACUGUUCUCACAGUAAAUAAACUAACCGUUGUCUGUAA